AGUAAACAGGGUUGAACGAAAGGGUGGAUGGGAAAUAAAUCUAAAGAUGGCAGCCACCUACAGUUUAAUUGUGUUGUGCAGGGUGAGAAUGUGAAUAUAUGUGCGGUUAUUCUCUUCUGCUGAUGGAAACUCUUUAAGUAUUACAAGAAAAUUAAAAUAUUAAUCUUAUAUUAUAGUUAAUGUAAAAGGAGUGGAACUGAAGACGUUAUAUUUACUUUUGGCGAGAAAAAAGUGUAGUAAAAUUUUCAAUCCAUGUAUUUUUCGGUUUUUGGCUCUUUUAAAAAAAAUUUAUGGGCUGAAAACAAUGCAGAAAGACAAUAACCCAAACACAGGAGAACACCAACAGUAUGUUGGACCGUUUCGCUUGGAGAAGACACUCGGAAAAGGCCAAACAGGUCUUGUGAAAUUAGGUGUUCACUGUGUUGUGGGGAAGAAAGUUGCUAUCAAGAUCAUCAAUAGAGAUAAAUUAAGUGAAUCAGUCUUAAUGAAGGUGGAAAGAGAAAUUGCCAUUAUGAAACUUAUAGACCAUCCCCACGUUCUUGGCCUUAGUGAUGUUUAUGAAAAUAAAAAAUACUUAUACCUUGUCCUGGAACAUGUGUCUGGUGGAGAACUUUUUGACUAUCUCGUAAGAAAGGGACGCCUGACACCCAAAGAGGCUCGCAGGUUUUUUCGGCAAAUUAUAUCAGCGUUGGACUUUUGCCACAGCCAUUCUAUCUGCCAUAGAGACUUGAAGCCUGAAAAUCUGCUCUUGGAUGAGAAGAAUAACAUAAAGAUUGCUGACUUUGGCAUGGCAUCACUGCAGCCGAGCGGUAGCAUGCUGGAAACCAGCUGUGGCUCGCCGCACUAUGCUUGCCCAGAGGUGAUUCGGGGGGAAAAAUAUGAUGGUCGCAAAGCAGAUGUUUGGUCUUGUGGUGUUAUUCUGUAUGCUCUGCUUGUUGGUGCCCUGCCUUUUGAUGAUGACAACUUACGCCAGUUGUUGGAAAAAGUGAAACGUGGGGUGUUCCACAUUCCCCACUUCGUUCCACCUGACUGCCAAAAUCUUUUGCGAGGAAUGAUCGAAGUGAAUCCAGAUAAGCGCUUGACUUUGGCAGAGAUCAAUCGACAUCCAUGGGUAACAGCUGGUGGUAGAGGGGAGAUAGAGUUAGAACUGCCAAUGAUGGAAGUGGUCCAGACCCAUGUUAUUCCUUCCAUAGAUGCCAUGGACCCAGAUGUUCUCCAGUCCAUCUCCAGUCUAGGAUGCUUUAAAGAUCGUGAAAAGCUAAUCCAAGAACUUCUGAGUCCUAAUCACAACACAGAAAAAGUGAUAUAUUUUCUGCUGUUGGAACGCAAGCGACGAAGGCCGGCAUACGAAGAUGACACAGAUUCUGUUGUGCGCGUACGUUCUGAGUCGAGUGAUCCUCCAAGGAAGCGAAUUGAUAUGUGCAAGAUUAACGGUACCUCAAGCUACCAGUUUGGUGAAAUCAGUGAGGGCUCUCCACUUACUCCACGCAGGCAGCAGUUCAAUGGUGCUAUGAGACAUCACAACCGCAGAUCGCCAGGAAGUGGUGGCCACACCAUAAACCAGCAGAACCCUGCGAGCUCACCUUUGCACUCAACUUUAAACAAUGCUGCAUCAACAACUCUUGCUGGUAUCUUGUCUCCAAUGGCUCAGCGGGCUGCUAUACAUUACCACCACCAUCACCAUCACCACAGGCAAGCCAGCAAUGCACACACCACACUUGCGCCACCAUCUCCUCAUCACCAGCAAACCAACAGCACUGGCGUAUCCCCGGAGAUCUGCGAGACUUCCACAGGUGUCAGUGGCAUCACAAUCUGUACCCCUCCUGGCUCGCCCCUCACCAGCACCACGGGGCAUCACUGGCGCUCCCGGCUUAACACCAUUAAGAACAGCUUCCUCGGUUCGCCUCGCUUCCAUCGACGGAAAUUACAGACAUCUUCUGAUGAAGUCCAUGUUACCCCCGAAUCAUCUCCAGAGCUAACGAAAAAGUCCUGGUUUGGCAGCUUAAUGACUACUGAAAAAGAUGAAACUUUCACCAUUUUAGUAAAGGGGAAACCACUUGCUACAGUGAAGGCCGAUUUAAUUCAUGCCUUCUUGUCGAUAGCAGAACUAAGCCACAGUGUUUCCAGCCCAAUGUCAUUUCGAGUUGAGUACAGGCGUGGCUCCACUGCUCCAGCGAUGUUUCAACGGCACGUUAGAUUCCAAGUGGAUGUUUCCACAAUCACAAAGCAGGCAGGGGAGAGUCCUAAGGAGUACCUGUAUGCUAUUACUUUCACGCUGUUAUCAGGUAAUAUCCGUCGUUUUAGACGUGUGUGUGAACACAUACAGUCUCAGGUGUGCAGCCGCCGGCCUCCCCCCUCGCCCCGUGCCAGUCGCAAAUUCCCAACGGAGCUCAGUGAAAGUUCUAGCUGCGGCUCCGACACGUCUGAACGACUGUCACCCUAUCCGGGCACGAGACAGGUUGAGUCGGACAUAGAGAGUGAUGUGUCUGUGUUUGACGUGAAGUCUCCGACCUACGAGAACAGCGACGGGCGCCGCCGAAGCUGUGCCAGCACGGGCGCGUCCGCUGCAGUUACCGUGAACAGUGGCGUGGUGGUUUUGCGGGGUGACGACGAAGCCAAUGCCGCAGCCAAUUCCUGUCCUCCGUCAUCAGACACUGUCGUUACUGCCAUCUCGAAAACUGUUCGCUCGAACAGCGACAAUAAAAAUACUCUGGAAAAAUGUGCAACAACAACCUCUGGUUCGCUUGCAUGAAACAGAUUUCUCAUUUUGCUAGAAACUUAUAAAUAUUCUUAGGAAAAGCAUGUUAUAUACAAGAUAAAAAAUCAGUUUAUCAGGAGCGUAUAUGUAUGUGUGGCAUGUGCACAUAUGUGCAGUUAUAAGCAUUUUCAAAGUGUUAAGCGAUUGCUUUGUAAGGUGAUAGAAAACAUUAUUAGAAGAAACAUUUGCCAUUAUAAUUAAUACUCGGUAGCACUUCGUUUGUUUAUUGUUGGUGCUCAUUCAGAGGGUGGGAUGAAAGUCUAUUUUAAUCAAAAUUGCCACACUUAACAGAUAAUUCUUUGUUCUAUGACAAAAAAAUCUGUUGUAAACAUGUGAUUAUCAUAUACAGCAAGCUUAUGUGUUAACAUAUUUUCACCAUAACUUCCUCAGGAAUGUGGACUUAUUGUUGUAAUGAAAAUCCUCAUUAUCCUUACUGUGUCUAUUUCAUUGUGAUUUGUGUGUCUGUCUACAUAUGUUGUAUGUUUGCAUGCAAGUACAACGUCCUAUUAAAAUCUUCCUAUUAAAAUACUUUAUCCCGUUUGAACUAAACAUGGCAUUUCUUAAUAUUUUUGAAGUAUGCAAGCAUUUGGUGGUUUAAAAUGUUCCAAGAACAUAUUUUAACUAGCCCAAUGAAUUUGCAUUAUAUGUUAGUGAUGGACGUUGGUGAAAAGGUGGACACUUAGUAUACCUGCUCUGAUUCCAAAGAACAUUACCCAAUCCAAGGCACAUCUUUUUAAAAUUAUUACCAUCUAUACUGCAUAUUUUACGCAUAGAAAAAUGUGUCAGGCUGAUAUUAUAAGAAUUGUUGUGUAUACCUUAAAUGAAUAUGAUUUUGAGUUGUAAAUUUAUAUCUAUUAAUAAUGAGCCACUUUGAAUGAAACACUUAAAAUUGCAGACAAUUUUUUUUUGCACAGGUACUUUUCUGUUUUUGCUACCAAGUAUAGUCAUUUUUAAAAUUCUUAUACCUUCUUACCCUUGCAGUGUUUGACUAAAAUGUAUUUAGGUUUUCAAUCACACAUUUAGAUUGAACUUAUGCAUUUGGUAUAGGUGAACAACUUACAAAAUGUUCAGUUCUUCCUUGCAGUGAAGAUAAACUCAUUGUACGUAAGAUACUAAAACAUCCUUACCACUCACACAAAACCAGCUCUCAAAGUCACCCAAAUGGGUUUUCAAAAGACCACCCAAAUGAUUGUACCCCAAACUGCCUCCUAACUCCAAUACUGCUCCCAUAACCCACCACCAGAAAAUCUCACCCCUGAAAUAGCCUUUCAGUAGCUUGUGUAUAAUUUAGCUUCUUUCAGCAGUAGACUGACAAACCAGACAUACCCCUUAUACUAAAUAUACAUAUAACUCGAUUGAUUCUCGUAUUGUAUGCAUGAAGCCAUAAUUGGUUUAUGAUUUGCCAACAGAAUUGUCAAAUUCAGAUGAAGUAAACAAGUAAUGGUACACCAAUAGGCACAUGUUUUGGUUUGAAUAUUUAAUAGUAAAGUAGUGAUUGAGCACAGAACAUGCACUUAUAAUAAAAUAUUAAACACUUUAGACUAUUGAAAUUUUCACAAAGUGACAUAUUUUAUGGCAUUGACGAUGCACUAACUUCCAUUUGCCGUGACACAUUUUAUUACAGUUCCAUUAGGAAAUAGGCAGUUUAAUAAUGGACUUAAAAAAUUGCUACUUUGCAUUUUGUGUGCAUUAGUUUGUUCUUUUGUAUCUAGUCUUUGACAUACCGUAUUCAGAGCUUCUCCAACGGUGCCACAAUAAAUCUGAUGUACCAGUCACAACACAGCUUGAAUGCUAUUAAAGCAGACACCAAACCAGCCACAGCUGGCACCAUCUGACUAGUUUCUCUAGUCACAACACACAAGCCACCAACUUCCAACUUCACCACCGUCUCUCGCUACUUGAGAGGAAGCUGGUCCAACCGUGAAAUUAUUUCUCUCUUUCUUUCUGAAUGUAACCGGCCUGUUUGUACUUUACCUAUCUGUCUAUUUUCCACUUUAAAGUAUGUAUAUCUUAACGUUAUGCUUUUGGUUUUCUAUUUUAUAACAACUUUUUCAUACAACAAUUAUAGUCGUGCAAACUUAAAGAUAUUUUAAACUUAAAAAUUAUAUAAUUUUUUUUCCUAAGCAGGUAAUUGUUUUCUUGAACAUUGAGUUACUGUGUUAGUGGAUAUUUUUCCAUUACCAUCAUGUCGUUUUAGUACCUACUGAACAACUAGUGGUGAAGAUAGGGUUUUACAUCUCACAGUUAUGUAGAGGGGCAUAAGAACAUGGGACCUCCAAGAUUAUAAUUGUCUUUCACCACUUGACUUCUGUUUUGGUGGUCAUGAAUUAAUCUACUUGUUUGUUGUAAAUUGGGACUCUUGCUUAUCGUGUGUCUUCGGCACAGCAGCCAAAUGAGAGAUUUCUUAAACCUUAUGAAGUUUGUUGCUAAAAUUUUGAAAUCGAUAGUACAUACCCACACACAUAUAUGCAUAUGAAUUUAUAUAUAUCCUGGGUAGGUUGAAAUGCAAAUAAUUGCAAUAUGUAUAACAUAUAGGAUGUUUUCAAUUUUUGCAUUGUUUUUGUUGAUGUUUGUAGAGAAGUACAGUUUGUGCUUUCUAUAAGCAGCUGUGAAGAAUAUCACCUACCCUCAAAAGUAGUCCUUUACUUUUUGUGACAUAAAAUCAAAGUACCCAGUCCCUAAAUCAACUUAAAUGAUUUAUCAAUAAUGAGUGUAUGCAUAAAGAGGUGAAAUGCCUUAGCUAUGUCAAAAAACAAGAUACAUUUUUGAAUUAUGACCAAUUUAUUAAUCUUGUUAUCAGUUCAGACCUCAGAAUAAUUUAGAUAUUUGCAAAGAAUUAUUUUUAGAUAUGGUUUUGUCCAUACAGUGUUAGUCUGAAUUGUACAGACAAACUUUGGCUGCAGGUUCGUCGGGACAAAUUUAGUUGAAAACACAAGUUACAACUUAUGGUUUAAAAUGCUUACGAAGGCUAAUAAUAGAGAAAUUAUUUUAGAUGGAACACUGAUCAUCUGGAUUAUGUUAAACUUAAUGAAGUUCUACAACCACCGCAAAUUUUGUCAUUGUCACAGAAUUAUUUCAUUGAAAUGAUUUGGGGUAACACCUUUAUUUUCCACAAAUUUUUGUCGUGUGUUACUAUCGCCAAUUAUUUUGUAAUUUAAUUUUGCUACAGUGACAAAAUUGGUAAUGGUUAUAGAAAAUUAUUUAAUUCAACAUAAUUCAGACACUCAGUGUUAAAUCUUCAAUACAUUUUUCUAUUUUUUUACAAUAAAAAGUUCUUCACUUCCAACUUCAAAGAUGUAAACCACUCUUGGGAAGCACUAGACUAUAAGUCGUAAAUGUUUUCAACGUAUUUUGUCAUGAUGAACCUGCACAAUGUUUGUCAGUCGAAUUGAGACUCAGUCUGUAAAAGUUAUGAAUUACAUAUUUUUGUUGUCCUAAAUGUGGAAUUGUGUUGCUGGCGAGUCUAUAGUUAAAAGAUGAUAUUGGAUAUUGAUGUGUUUUGUAGAUUUUUUCUUUCAAUUGAAAAUUUUUUUUGAGGCAUAAAUUUAAUAAAACAUAUCUACUGUGUCAACAACUGGUCAAAGUCUUAAAAUACAAAAUGUUAUCAGUUGUUAUUCCAGCCUGUGUAAACAUGUUAAUACAGAAAUUCUCAGUAAGAUCUUUAUGAAUGUGAGGUAAACCAUUUUCUCACCUGUUAAGGCUUUCUGAAAAGAAAAAAAUUAAAUAAUAUAAUAUUAUGAAUGGAUGAAUAUUUUUUGGAGUGGUAUAAAUGAAGGAAUGUAAAAUAAACUUUGAUUUAUUGAUAAAUUUGAUAUGAUUUGGUGGGUACCAGUGAUGACAAGAAUAAUGAGGAACUGGAAUCAAUUAGAAUAGAAUAGUGCACUGCAGUGUGAUACUCACUAUUCAAGAGUGCUAUACCUAUAAAGUUUCUGACAGAUUUAAUUGAUGGUAAAUUGUGGAAAUUGUUUUCUGUCAUACCUUUCCUUGACACACAGUAGACAAUGCAAUCAUAUGAACACAUGAACAUGGUGUACAGACAGCCCUACAUUUUGAGCCAAGAUUUUAUGGUGUAAAAAAAAACCCUCAUUAAAUGAAUGGAUUUUAUCUUUAUUGUCAUUAAAAAAAUUUAACACAUGAAGUCUAAUUAUGUUGAUCAACUGCCUCACCAAUUCAUAAUAAAAUACUUAGAAUUUGUACAUAAACCAAUACUGCAUAUAUUUAUGGCAGUAAGUUAAACAAAAAAAACUGCAACUAAAAAUUCAGUAUUCUUCUGUUAUAUUCCCUAGUUCACGAGAAAGCUAUAAUAUAAACAUAAUUAGUACAUCUAAACAUUUUUUUUUUUUCAAAUGCAGUAUUUGGAGCCAAGAUUUUAUGGUUUUAUAUUUUUAAAUUAUCAUGCAUUAAUAUAUAAAAUCACCACAUAUAAAAACAAGAAAUGGUGUUACCCCACUUAACUUUAAGCAGUGGGAGGAAAAAUAAUUUGAUUGUUUGUGUUUUAAGUUUAUUUCUGGUACCAACAUAAUUUCUAGAUUGAAUUUUACUUUUUGUUGCUGACUCAUUAUUUCAAUACUAUUAAUCUAAAUUUAAAAAUCAUUGUGAAAUGUUAAAAAUCCAAAAUAAUUUUAUAUAUACAUUUCCUUAAGGCCUUUAGGCCUAUUCUACAGUCACACGGAAACAGAGACAUCACGUAAAUGGAGACAGAUCGCACCAAACAGAGUUUCUACAAUAGCAUGCAGACAGAGACGGGCCUGUUCCGAUUAGCUCGGCAAUGCUGAACUCUUCCAUUUACGUUGCUUCGUGCAACUAAUAGAAGCCAAGUAUUUGGUUGCAUUGGUAGUCAUGUGUAUUUAUGUUCUAAAUACAUUGAAAAUUGUUUAAAGUACAAUAAUAUCUUUUAUUCUAUUAUUUCUUUGUGGUUUAUUUUAUUAUAAAUGUAAAUUCUGCCCGUGCUAUGAAUCUGGAAGCAUAGUAUUUUCUCACAUUAAAUUAAUAUUUCGUAACCUUGAAAUGCAAUCUUAUUGGUUGCCAUUUGUUAUGUUUUCAUGCAUUGUGGAAGCAGCAGAUCGUCUACGUUUCCAUGCCAUUGUAGAACGGUCCUUAGCCAUGUCUGUAAGGUAUCAGCUGUAGACUGAUUUUAUUUGAUUUACUUAAAAACAAACUUUACUUAAAAACUAAUUUUUUUUUACUUAGUACAUAAUAUUUGAGGUUUCUAAAUGAAACCUGAACUAAAGAUUUAUUAAAUUCAUUUUAUAUUUGAAUACACAAAAGUUAUUCAAGGUUAAUUUUGCUUUGGAUUUCAGUGUUAUGCAGUGCAUGGACUUUCAUUUCGGUGUUUAGCAGUGUACAUAAGGACUUCAGUUUUGCUGUUAUUUCGGUUUUAUCGCUAUUUACCGUAUAAUGUUGCCUCUGCCUAUGCCUUCAUACAGCCAACAUCUUUACAAUAUAUUUAACUAUCCAUACAUCAGUUAUACUAGAAAUAAAUAAGAAUGUCCACCAAUUUUGCUUCCAGAUAGCCAAACUGUCUGGUAGGUAAAAGUUAUUUUGUAUGUUUAAAAAUUUCACUAUCUUCCAACACUAGAUUUUUUUUUCAUGAUUUAAUGUGUCUGUAAUAAAUGUAAUUAUAUUUUAAAUAAUUUACGUUUGUGAUUUCAUGAUUGGUGUACAGUAACCCUCGGAAUCAAUUUGAAUGCCCAGUUAUGUACAAUCGCAAUACGUAGAUUUCUAACAGACAUGUCGAUGCUAGCUUGGGCACCAGGCCAGUCAGUCAGGAGCAUACUGUUGUGUUUUCCUCUAUCAAACAGUCAUCUGACUCAGCUGGACUUUGAAAGGUCUUGGGGAUGGAUUAAAGGCCAGGUCUGUUACAAAGGUGCAGCCCUGAACAAUACAUGUAAUCAUUUGUCGCUCAGUUAUAUCAGUGUGCAAGGGACAUCAAGGGACAUUCAGUAUCACAAUAAGGACUCUGUACCCUAUCCGCCAGCCUGUCAUACCAAUUGGGUCUCUCUCCUUCAGUUCCUUGGACCAUGUCGCAGAAGGCCUCCCGACAAGACGGUGUCACAGCCCGGCUACUUCUGUCAUCCACUCCAGAGGUCCUUGGCUGGAUUACAUAUUUGUACUCCUGGUUUCCUCCCCUGUGUCGUAACGACGCCAGCUGUGCGAAUUGAGGCUAUUCCUUCGUUAUUCGCACUGACUCCGCUGAUGACUGACGACACAGCAUGCAUUUGGCCAUCGGUAGUGAAAAGUUUCUGUUCAGCAAAAGUAUGCGGAAUUUCAUUUUGGGUGGGGGACAGACCUUUUUGCUUGCUGUAUGCUUUCAAUUUCAUUCUCUUUUGUUUGCAGGAAUGAUAGAUUUUUUAGGGUUUCCUAUAAUUUUGGGGGAGGGGGGAGUUGCGGAUAUAUCCCCUGCCAUCAGUGAACAUGUUCACUUAUGUGGCUUUUGCUGCCACCUGCUUGUUACCUUGUAAGACUGAUUUAUUAGUUACACGUUAUGCUUGUAAAACUGCAAAAAGGCUGGAAGGUGAAAAUCAGCGUAGGUAACGGCUUGUGUUUAGGCAAGAAGCUAUGUGGACUUUUGAUUAAAAUUAUUUCAGAAAUUGUUCAGAUUAGCUUCCGGGGUGCAUGGUUCACAGUUUUACUCAUGAAGGCAGGGAAGGAUCAAUGCACAAGAGUACUGAAAUAGUGCUCAAGUGCUCACAAAGCACCUUGCAGUUGAACCAGUUAAAAUAAACUGCCGAUGCAAAUUGAAGAUUUCAACAACAUAUUAGUAGAGUUAAGUUUGUUAGAAUUUGUGUUUGAUAGUUAAUGCUGCAAAAUAAACUCUACAAUAGACCCUUUACAAACCAAUAUUAAACCUUUCUAAGCUCAUCACAUUUUUUCCAUAGUCACGUAGUUUGAACAUAAACAACCUGGUGCGUGUGUGUGUCUGCAUAUAUAUAUACACACAUACAUAUAUAUAUAUAUAUACAUAUAUAUAUAUACAUACAUAUAUAUACACACACACAGUUUAAACUCUAUAUUACAACACUUACGGGCUGAGCAGUUUUGGGUGUUAUAGAGAGUGGUCGUUAAAUGGAGAGAAAUAAAAGAUAUCACUUUACUAUUCUGUAAUAAUAUGUAUUUACUAAUAUAGUACACAUUUUACACACGAAUAUUAAUAUUCAUUCAAAUAACAACACUUAUUGCAUAUAGUCUGUUAUCUUCGUCUGAUGUUUUUUGCUGCUCCAAUAUUUUAAUUGUAUUUUUAUAUGUUUCUUCUUAUUUUAAUUGUAUUUUCUUUGUUUUUCCAUAUUGUAGACACGGUAGAACGGCUAAAUCCAAAGCGUCUUCCAACAUCACUGAUCUUUUCUCCCGCCGCUAUUGAGCAUAUUAAUAAAACUUUUUCGUCAAUACACAAAGAUUUUCGUUUACUCACCAUGUUUACAGUUUGAAAGUCUGUUAGCAACUGCGAUAAUGAUAACAUGUAACAACUUGACAAAAGUCUAUUUACCGAGGUAAACAUGUGCAAGUUCAUCAUACAAAAACAAAAGACAAAAUUUCUUAGAAUCUCUGGUACGUCAGUCGAAGUAAACACAUGCUAGAUAAUACAACAACAAAACAGCAAACAAAAGAACGUACACAGCUUCAGUUCUUAUCAACUUCAGCAACUUAGAAAGUACUGCUUAAUGAUUUAUAAUGCCGUAUUGUUGUCGUUAAAUAGAGUGAGUGUGACGCUAUAUAGAGUGUAUUAUUGUAUAGGAAACAAGGUAAACCAACCAAAGUCGAGCAAUAUUACGCUUCGAGGAGUUGUCGUUAAAUGGAGUGACGUUAUAAAUAGUUUACACUGUAUGUGUGUGUAUGUAUAUGUAUAUAUAUAUAUAUGUGUAUAUGUGUGUGUGUGUGUGUGUGUAUAUAUAUAUAUAUAUAUAUAUAUAUAUAUAUAUAUAUAGAGAGAGAGAGAGAGAGAGAGAGAGAGAGAGAGAGAGAGAGAGAGAGAGACAGUUGCCAAGAUAUUAGGAACUCUAUGAAAGGAUCGACUAGGUCUAACAGGUUAAUGUCAAGGAAUUUAAAUUUUGAUAAACAAUAUAUUUAAAAUUGGCUCAUCUGUAGCUUAGUAGUUGCUAAGAUUUAUGAUUCAGCUGCCACUUUUAAGUAGUCUCGUGAACACAUGCAGUCUGGCAUGAGGCAUAACACUGUAACACCAUGAAAUACUUAAUUUAAGCUGUAUUAUUAUGCAUAUGCAGAGAUGUAUGAAUUUUUACACCAAAUAGGACUCGUCCUUUCCAGAAUAUUGUUAUUGUGCACUUAAUCUAUAGUUAUGAGGGAAGGAGAAAAAGGAAGGCAUUUAAUUAACAGAUUGUUAAUAAAUACCCAUGAAACGCUUUUAAUUUUUAGUUCAUUUUGAGGGUAUUAUUAAGGGUGUUGUUUAUUCUCUGCUUACUAAGCAGUACAUAUUUGGGUUCUUGUCAGCAACAUUUGUUUGAGCUUACUAUGCAUGUGGCAAACCCAUAUAGUACCUUACCGUCACCAUCUAUAUUAUCGACAUUAUCUUACGCCACCUGACAUUUAAAUACUGUAUCACUUUCGCUGUGCUGUUGUUGCAAAAUUUAUUAACAGAGGCAUAUUUUAUAAUCUGCUCAUCUAAUUCACAAAUUUAUCAUUAAAUAAUAGCAUGCAGAAUAUAAGAUGAAGAAAAAAUGUAAAACUUUUAAGUUUAAAAACUUUAAAAUUUAACUUUAAUAAAUUUUGGUUGAUACUUUGAUUAAGUGUUUUACAAAAAAUUGGUACUUUGAGGGUAAGGUGUAGCCUGCAACACAUUGUGUCGAAGUGUGAUUUUAUUUUUGAUGUUAAUAAGUGUUAUGUUUAGGUUAUUUCAAUUUCUUUCUCUGUUACCUUUUAAUCAGAGCAUCAAUACCUAUGGGUUUUGUAAAAAUUUUGGAAGUUUAUCAUGUUCACAUGUUGUUGCCAUAGUUUAUAAUGCAUUUAAAGUUUUCUGUAAAUUUUGUUAUUCAGAAUUAUAAUGAACUCAGAAACUCUCAUUUGUGUUUUUUUAAAUGUUAUGCAAUAAAUGCUCAACAUUUGCUAUGUUAUUUUCAUGUUUCCUUUUAACUUGUAUUUUGUAAAACUUUUAUAUGUACUGUCUUAGCAGAUAUUUACAAACAUAUGUUAUAUUUAGGCAAAGACUAUAAUCAAGCCGAACAGCUUCAUACAACUUAUUUCAUCCACUGGUAAAAAAUAAACGUUCUUUAAAAAUAACUUUUGAAAAUCAGCUUUGUUGAAUUUGUAGACUUCUUUUGUUUUUAGGUAUAUACAAACGUCAGAAAUAUACAGCGAAUAGGGUUGUUAAUUUCCAACCGACAAUAAAAUUUCCAUGAUAACUGAAAUGGCUAGUAUUGUAUUUUCAAUUUUAAAUGUUUUUUAAUACUUUGAUUUUCAUACAGAAUUAUAUAAAUUUUUUAAAGUUUUCUGUGUUAAUGUUUUUACUGUAUUCUAGAA